CAUGGAAGUGGCGGCGCCGCUUCUGUGUCUGGCGGCGACUGUCCUGGUAUGGGGCGUCCUCUGGGUUUGGGGCUCCUGGGAGCGAGUGACGAGGCCGGAGCAGGCUGGCCUGCCCGGAGGCGGAAGCCGGACACUUCUGGUGACGGCGCACCCCGACGAUGAAGCCAUGUUCUUUGCUCCCACUAUUCUAGGCUUGGCCCGCCUGCGGCAUCAGGUGUUCCUGCUCUGCUUCUCCGCAGGAAAUUACUACAAUCAAGGGGAGAUCCGUAAGAAGGAACUCUUGCAGAGCUGUGAUGUUCUGGGGAUUCCCCCCUCCAACGUAAUGAUUAUUGAAAACAGGGAUUUCCCAGAUGACCCAGAUGUGCGCUGGGACCCAGAGCGGGCAGCUGAUGUCCUCCUCCAGCACGUAGAGGCCAACAGCAUCAACCUGGUGGUGACCUUUGAUGAGGGGGGCGUGAGUGGACACAGCAACCACGUGGCUCUGAAUGCAGCUGUGAGGACCCUGCAUGCAGAAGGGAAGUUACCUAAAGGAUGCUCGGUGCUCAUGCUCCAGUCUGUGAACCUGCUGCGCAAAUACCUCUGUCUGCUGGACCUACCCUGCUCCCUGCUGCUCGCCCGAGACGCCCUCUUCGUGCUCACCCAACGCGAGGCAGCCCAGGCCCAGAUGCUGCAGCUACAGAAAGACACGAGCAGACCCCAGAUGGUUAUGUGCCUCCUGGGUUUCCCUGUCCCAGGAGCCGGCUGACCAUGGAGGUGAAGGCCCUCUCACUGCCCUCCAAGGAAGGGUGGCUCGGGCAGGCGGGCUGGGUGCCUGGGGGCCUCUGCUCCGCAGGUCCAUAGCCAGCAGUGCAGGCCUAAGAAAACCAGGACGUGCAGAACCACGUUCCUGCUGCCCACCCUGCCCCCGCUCUGGUUUACGAGUGAAGGGAAGGGUGGGUUCUGGAGACUCGCAGAAAACAAGCAUCAGGCAGAUCUCUGCUCUCCGCCUCGGGAUCCACAUCCCCAGCAGAAACAGACAAGGAGGCCUAGGUGCCCUGACCUCCUCCGCGCAUCAGAGGAAGCCCAGCUCCACAGCCCACAGGUCCUCAGAAGUAAAUCUAAGUCCUUCGUUUUAGUCUGCCUUUUACGAAACUCUAAUUCCACACGGGGUCCUCUAACAGCUUAUUCCAUGGGGUGGCUUCUUCCAUCUGUUAGUACUGGGUCAGUCCCCGCAGGAGGAAUUCCACGGAAUUUAUUUAUUCUUCACAUAUAACCCAGGCACCACAGCACCAAGGGGCAGAAAGAACUGGCUAUUGUUGAACAGUCAGUUACAUACCAACCACAGGUCAGAAGUUGAGCCUGGAGGGCCUGACCUGUCACAAGGCGGGCAGGUGCUGACAGGAGGCCCUCUGCUGACCCUGGUAGAGUCACCUGCCUCACCUAGACAAAUGGGCCAGGUGGCCUGGGGCAUGCCAAGCUUCCAGGUGUGCACGCACUUGCCUCACCCCACCCAAAUCUGUGGAGUUCUGCAGAUUCUGCCCAAGGCCUUUCAUCCAGCAUCCAGCCCAACCAUCUUCAGGGUACCACUCUCUCCCACACACGGGUGGCACUCUUCUCUGAGAAACUGCCUGGCACAAGUCGAGGGGCUCCUCCACGUCCCCUGCGGCUGUGCUGCAGGACUGAGCUGUCACACACACAGCAGGCUGUUAUUCUCAGCCUCCCGCCAUCUUUAAAAUUUUUAAUGAAAACAUCUAACACACAUAAAAGGAAAAAACAGAACAUGAACCUUUAUGUACCCAUCACCUGACCCCAAUUCCCUGCUCACGGCCACGGUCGUUUCACCUGGACCCCAACUCCCCAGACCAUGCUGAAGCACCCUCAUGCGCUGUGUCCUCUGAAACAAUAUAGGAAAAGAAGACACUCACUUGCAGUCAAAGAUGUGCAGGUCAGCCGAAGCCCAAACUUCAAAGCGCACGGCCCCACAGUGGCAGCCUCCUGUGUGUUUCACCAGGCCCUGGUAUUCGCUGGAGGGAACAGAAAUCAGAGAUUAGAAUUCCUAAGCAGUCAGGCCACAGUGGAAAGAGAGCAACAAGAUGGAACUGGAGUCUUCACGGGACAACAGGGACACGUUUCUGCUUUUGAGGAGGCGUCCUCAGUUUUAUAAAAGGAUUCAGUG